UAGUUUUGUGAGAAAAGUUGGAUUUGUGGUUGAGCAAUUGGUCGAGUGACCAAGAGGGGCUCAUUUAUUGUAAUAAUUGUUUGGAGAAUAAAAGAAAAUUGACGAGGAAAUCGACCAAAUUAUUGAUUUGACCUGUCGACAUCUUUGAAUUGAUCGAUUUGUGACGAGAGCUGUGGAUAUCGGAGAGAGUAAUUUUGACAAGGGAAAGAGGAGUUGGAAACGAGAAAGGACGUUUGACUCGAGUGACAGAGGUGAGAGGAGUCGUGACAAGGCAAAGCGAAGGCGGAGAGAGAACUAUCGUUCAGUACCGCAUUUACCAAAGAACGACAUGCCACGCAGAGGAUUGACCAGGGGAAGAUCAGCAUCGCGGCACAGAGCGACCGAAGAAUUCCAGCCACCAUCCGAUGUGACAGCAGCGCCUCCACUAUUAGACUUUCCCGUACUGGAACCCGAACGGGAUAGGUCAUCGGGAGCUAUUCCUCGUCGACCUAAAUCUGACGUGGGGAAAGUGAAGGAAGAUUGUAGUACAUGGGAAGUACUAGAACCGAGACGUUUCCCACGAGCCGAACACGAGGACCCAGACCUACGUCGUAGACAGGAGGAGAGUUGGGAAGAAUUUGGGAGCAGAAUUGUAGUCGAGGAGCUUGAACGGUUUGUCCAAUUCCAAGAACCGAAGACUUCCGUUUCCUUGGAACAACUCAAGGAAAAACAACGGGCGGAGAUUAAGGCUAGGAAGCCCGUACUCCGGAAGGAAGAUUUGUUCUACCCCGAUGACGAGGAGUUGGUAGAGGAGGUACGACCCAUUACCCCACCAGGCCCCCCGACUAGACGAAAUAAUACGACCCCCCAAUUGACAAGGGACGAAGUUGUGGCGAAAACUGGCGGAGACAGGCGGGGAGAAGCAUUGCCCCGAAAAACGACAGGGGUAAUGUUCAACGAUAUGAGAUCAAUACCCACUGACCCGACGAUUGACCCCCCACCAUGGACUUGUCAAAAUUGUUGGCGCCGAGGCCACCGCCGCAAUGAUUGUCCUAAAGAAGUGACGGAGAGUUGUUGCGAAAACUGCGGUAGAAAAUACGUAACACUACAUAACUGUCCAAGGUGUGAGGAGGGUUAUAAGCGUUAUUUGUUGCGGGGAAGAGCAACAAAUAAUCCAACAUUGACUGGGGAGUUGACGGGAGAUACUAGGAGAAUACCACGACGUGAGGGCAGCGCGUUGUUGCCAGACAAGUGGAAGGGAAAUGACGAGCUGUGCAAGAAGUUUAAUUUGCCAGAGGCCAAACUGACGGAGGUUUCAAAGGAAGCGCCCAAAUCAAAGUUGGUACCGGCCAAACCACCAAUUGUGGAACUGCUUCCGACGAGAGAAACUCCAUUGUUGGUCGACAUUCCCCCUCCAGCGUAUUAUGACGUGACAGCUCCUAAGAAAAAGGAGAAGAACCUGGCGGAAGCCAUCCGAGAAUUGACAGAGUUGAUGGCAGGACUACCGAUGGAAACCAUCAACUUGGCGAUUCGCCAAUUGAUCGAGGAGCGCAGGAACUCGGGUGGAAAAGAGGAGUGAUUGGAGCUGCUCGAUAAUUAUUUUGACAUGGGAUGGGAUGGUUUGCUUUUGAGUUUUUCUUUUUCUUUUUUUUGAGUUUGUUACAGGUUCGGUUGAUUUUUCUUUUUGGUUUGACGUGUUAUCUGGAGGUAACACGGACUAGGAGAGGGGCUUUGUGACGAAGUGGUCGUCAAACAUCCCCUGUUUAAAAUGACGCGCUUGAUUGCCGGGCCCAGGAGGUGGCGCCGCCAAACGUAAGAAGGUGUAGCUAGCCGCCGGGACGCCGAAAUCAGAUGUUCGCGUCGACGAGAGUAUUACGAUAGAGACUGUAGUGAGCAGUACAAUUUGUGUGUAUAGACUUGAGAGAGCAGUGAAAAGAAAUAUUUGUUGGUCGAGAGUUCGACAGUUUUGUGAGAAAAGUUGGAUUUGUGGUUGAGCAAUUGGUCGAGUGACCAAGAGGGGCUCAUUUAUUGUAAUAAUUGUUUGGAGAAUAAAAGAAAAUUGACGAGGAAAUCGACCAAAUUAUUGAUUUGACCUGUCGACAUCUUUGA